AUGUCAUCUCGCCGCGUUGACUUCGAGAUCGUGGUUCAGCCACCGCAGACCGUCACCAUAUGCUCAUCCAUAGAACCGCCCGUCGUGGCCCGAACUCGAGAUCGUCGGCUUCUAGAGGCCGCCUCAAACCAGGGGAACCACGUCUUCGCCGUUGCAGUGCUAUACGCCUCGAACAUGGACCCUGGCGACGGGACCAACAUCUCCUGGAGUGCCUCCGCCGCCCCGUACACAGAAAACACCAGCAGCAGUGGAAGCAGCAGCAGCUCGGGCCGUCGGCGCUGGCUGUACUUUAUCUUUAGCGGCAUGACGAUCAACACGCUCGGCGUCUUUUCUCUGCAAAUUGUCGUACACGUCCUGCGCUACUCGCACAAUGAAUGGGACCAGGCGGAUCAGGUUGUUUCCGCCAACACGAGGCACUUCACCGUCCUGACCCAGGCUUCUUCAGCCGACCGACCUUCUUCCUCGGAGAGGCGCAUCUUGCGCCAGCUGGAAGCGGCUCAGCUCUACAUACGUGACGCAUACUAG